AGGCGACCAAUCCAACGCAGCCAAGUCGCGCAGACGAAGCAAAAGCCGCACCGGCACCGGCGCGGCGAACCCGCGAAGCAACUACCCGCCUCCUUUCUUCCCCGCGAUCCCCAUUCCCGCCGGAGCACCGCGUCCCGAGAGCCUGAGGCGCACCGCACGCAUUUCUUCCUCAACGCCUCGAGCUCGGAUCCCGACGUGACCCCGGAAGUCAAACCCACACGCGCCUGCCUUACACAUACCCCGAACCACGCGCUCGGAGAUCGAGUCUCCUCUCCUCUCCUCCCCACCCACCGACGCGCGCGCUGGAUCCCGCGGAGGAUCAGGAGGCGGUCAAGCAGCCGUCGCCACCCCCGGCCGGCCGGGCGGUCCGCUACCGCACGCCCUCCUCGCCCGACCUCCUCCUCCUGCCCGCCGACAAGAUGCGCCGCUACUCGCAGCUGCCCGGGGGCCGCCAGGACACCACGCUCGCCGACCGCCUGCACCGGUACCGCGGCGCGCUGCUCGUCGUCCUCGCCCCGAUCGCGCUCGUCUCGCUCGUGCUCCUCCUCAUGCCGCGCUCCCCCGCCGCGCACGGGCGCCUCGGGGGAGGAUCCGCGGGCGGGGCCAGGAGCUACGCCGUCAUCUUCGACGCCGGGAGCUCCGGCAGCCGCGUCCACGUCUUCUGCUUCGACGCCAACCUCGAUCUCGUCCACAUUGGCACCGAGAUCGAGCUCUUCGUCCAGAAAAAGCCUGGACUCAGCGCGUACGCCAGUGACCCGCGUGAGGCUGCCGAAUCGCUCGUCUCCCUCAUCGAUGCCGCCAAACAGGUGGUUCCAGCGGAAUUGCGCGACCAGACGCCCGUCAGAGUUGGGGCCACCGCGGGGCUGAGAGCUUUGGGAGCAGAGAAAUCCGAACAGAUCUUGGACGCAGUUAGGGAUCUUCUUCGUGAAAAGAGUUCAUUCAAGAACCAACCGGAUUGGGUUACAGUUCUCGAUGGGUAUCAAGAAGGUGCAUAUGAAUGGGUUACCAUUAAUUAUCUGCUGGGAAAAUUGGGAAAGACUUAUGCAGACACUGUUGGAGUGGUUGAUCUUGGCGGUGGAUCUGUCCAAAUGGCAUAUGCUAUCCCAGAGAAGGAUGCCGAAAAGGCUCCUAAACCAACAGAUGGUGAAGAGUCAUAUGUGAAGAAGCUUUUUCUUAAAGGGACGACAUAUCAUCUUUAUGUCCACAGUUAUUUGCGCUAUGGGUUGCUAGCUGCUAGAGCAGAGAUCUUAAAAGCAGGCAUUGCCAAUGGUUACAGCGACUGCAUAUUAGGAGGACAUCAGGGGCAAUAUAAGUACGGCGGCAACACAUUUGAAGCAUCGGCUGCACCUUCUGGUGCUAGCUAUUCAAAAUGCAGGGAUGAUGUAGUGAAAGCUCUCAAAGUGGAUGAAGCGUGCACUCACAUGAAAUGUUCAUUCGGUGGCAUUUGGAAUGGUGGUGGUGGUGAUGGACAGAAGAAUCUCUUCGUAGCGUCGUUUUUCUUUGACAGGGCAGCUGAGGCCGGUUUUAUAAACCCCAAGGCAGCUGUUGCUAAGGUUAAACCCUCAGACUUUGAGGAGGCUGCCAAACGUGCCUGUAAGUUAAACGUGAACGACGCCCAAUCUAGCUACCCGGGCGUGCAGCAGGAUAACGUUCCAUUUAUUUGUAUGGAUCUUGUUUACCAGUACUCGCUCCUUGUGGAUGGAUUCGGUGUCGAUCCUCAACAAGAGAUGACAUUGGUAAAGAAGGUCCCUUACAGCGACGCGUUUGUCGAAGCAGCAUGGCCACUUGGAAGUGCCAUCGAGGUCGCAUCUUCAUAAUAGUCAGCAACAGUUUAGCAAGGGAACACUGCCACCGAAAAGUUCUGGAAUUCUUAUCCUGGUUUGCGGGGUGCUUUCCCUGAAGUCACCAUUUUGUCACUCAGUCAGUUCAUCUACCUUCCCCUCUAAAUACAGUAGGAACCAUACACAAGGAUUACAGCAUGGAAUGUACUUGAGCCAGAGGCCAUUGUAAGGCCGAUUAUUAUUUUUUGUACCGAUGAAAGUAGGAUGAGAGCAGGCCAUUCUUUCUGACUUCCACGUGGGAUGAACCAUAUUAUUUAGUUACGGUAAAUGUAUUGUUCGUUGCCAUAUUGAACUCUGUAUUGUGUAACAUUCUCUGCGCCUCAUCUGUCUCUGAAGUUAGUGGGCUCAUUGCUGUUCGAUCGAAAUUUCAGA